AUGUAUGCUGUAGGGAAAUUAAGUAGCUAUAUCAGUCAAGGGGUUUACACUGUUUCAGGCCCUUUUCAUCCAUUUGGUGGCGCUGUUGACAUGGUUGUUGUUCAACAACAAGAUGGUAGCUUGAAAUCAUCUCCUUGGUAUGUUCGAUUUGGGAAAUUUCAAGGGGUUUUGAAAGCAAAAGAGAGAGUUGUUGACAUUAAUGUUAAUGGGGUUGAUGUGGGUUUCAAUAUGUAUUUAGAUCCAAGAGGGGAGGCUUACUUUCUCAGAGAGAUUGAUUCAGAAGAGGAAGUAGUAGAACCAGUUUCAUCACAUUCAGUUUCAUCACAUUCUUCCAUGUGUGAAGAAAUAGAUGGGAAAAACCAUGAAAAGAUCACAGUCAAGUCGAAAAGUAUGAAUUAUGAUUUUGAUGAUUCUAAUUCGGUUGAUGGUAAGGUUUUGGGUAGGAAUAACUCUAAAAGGUCUAGGAUUUUAGGGUUUGUUCUUGGCAGAAGAUCAAUGAAUGAACACAUUUUGUCAAAGGAAGAAAUUGAUUCAAAUGUUGGUAGAAUGACAAUGGAGGGUGAGAUUGCAGCCGAUUUGUUGGAGAUGAAUUGGUCAACCAAUUUUUCAUCAAGAAGUAACAUGAACGAAUGUAAUAAAGAAUCAAGAAAAGAUAAUGGGGAAAUGGAAAUCACUGGUGGAAGAUUGGAAGGGAGUUUGGUUUUACAUGAACAACACUUUGUAAAUAAGCCAGACACUUCCAUUGUUGAUAAAGAGGUUCAAGAAGAACAAAGUGUUUCUAAAGAGUGUUCAAGAACUCGAUUGGAUGAUGAAAAUGGUGCAGAAAUGGAUUUAAUAAAUGGUGAAGGGCCUUUAAAGAUUGUGACAAAAGUUGCAUCUAAUGAAGAAGGAGAUGCUUCUGUAGUUGUUUCAUGUAGUACAUUUGAAGUAAAAGAAUCAAAUGAAAAUUUUCCACCAUUGGAAUCCGAAUUCCAAGAUGUUAAUGGUGAUUCCAUUGUAAUCCAAGAAGUAUCUGAACAAAUUGUGGAAGAACAGUUUAUCUUUAGUGAUGUUGAAGAUUCAAAACCGAGUUUCAACAACACCGAGCUAAAAGUCAAUCCACCACCAGUCAAAAUCCAUCAAGAACAAUCGAAAAGUGAGAUUAAAGAAGCCAAGGGGAAUAUUAGAAGAUCAUCGAAUUGGGAUUUGGUUAGGGAAGAUGCUUCAAGGAUCAUAAAAGCAAAUUUAGAGAAAGAGUUAUCACAAAAUCCAGACACGUUGACAAAGGAUCUUAAAGAUGGUGGAAUUGCAAAUGGUGGUGAUGGUGGUGGUGGAAGUUGGAGUCUAUGGCCAUUUAGAAGAAUGGGAAGUAGAAACGUUUCUCCAAAAGAACAAAUCACUAAAAAAGAUUCAGAUAUUGACAUUAUACCUGAUUCAGAAGCAUCUACACCAAGUUCAAAUAAGCAUACAAGAUCACUUACUCCAACAUCUGAGCAACUAGCUUCUUUGAAUUUGUCAGAAGGGAAGAACACAGUAACCUUCACAUUUUCAACAUCAGUGUUAGGGCCUCAAAAGGUAGAUGCUAGCAUUUAUUUGUGGAGGUGGGAUACUCGUAUUGUCAUCUCAGAUGUUGAUGGAACAAUUACAAAAUCCGAUGUUCUUGGACAAUUCAUGCCCUUGGUUGGAAGAGAUUGGUCUCAUAUUGGUGUGACACAUCUUUUUUCAGGGAUUAAGGAAAAUGGAUAUCAAAUGCUUUAUUUAAGUGCUCGAGCAAUUUCUCAAGCAUCAAUCACCAGACAAUUCUUGUUCAACCUAAAGCAGGAUGGAAAGGCUUUGCCAGAUGGGCCUGUUGUUAUUUCUCCUGAUGGACUUUUUCCUUCUCUUUUUCGUGAAGUUAUAAGAAGAGCUCCACACGAAUUCAAAAUUGCUUGCUUGGAGGAUAUCAAGGCAUGUUUUCCAUCUGAUAGGAAUCCAUUCUAUGCUGGCUUUGGAAAUCGAGACACAGAUGAAUUUAGUUAUGUCAAAGUUGGAAUACCAAAGGGAAAAAUCUUCAUAAUCAAUCCUAAGGGAGAAGUUGUAGUGAACCGAUGCAUCGACUCAAAAUCAUAUGCUUCACUUCAUGCUCUUGUCAAUGGCAUUUUCCCUCCAAUAUCUGUGCAUGAAGAGGAGGAUUAUAACUCAUGGAACUUCUGGAAACUUCCACCUCCAAACAUGGAGUGAGUUGAGAUAAAGACAUGUAAUUAAACACUUCCUUUUUCCACUUCACUAGAAUCAUACACAAAUAGAAUCAUUCAAAGUAGAAACACAUUGAACCCAAAAUUGUCACCACUAUUGAAAAAUUUUUUUUUUUUUUUUUUUUUUCGUGUAGGCAGACAUUGGAAUUAUUUUCAUUUAUAUAAAUUCAAAACACAAAUCACAUAUAUGUUUCACAACUCUUUAUUUACAAAAAAAAAAGAAAAAAGAAAAGUAAAGAGAUUGUUUUCAAGUGCAUCAUCAUCAUGCAUGGGUCAUUUAGUCAUUUUGGUACCCAAUUCCUUAUGUGCAAACUGGAUUAGAUUCUUUCAGUUUCAAACCUCAUCACACAUCUCUUAAAUUCUUUGAUUGUGAGUUGUAGUUUGAUUUCUUGAAAGAACAGAUGAUGAGAUGAGAGAUGUGAAGGAGUUGCUGCAAAUUUGUAGUAAGAAUGUGUAAGAUAAUGGAAUUCUUGAUAUAUGUUAAACUAUUCUUGUACCUUGUUUCUUUUUCUUUGCAACCAUUAAAUCUUUUAAUGGCUGAAAAGCUUGAGCUUUGAAAAGGUUUAAAGGAAGAAGGCAGUGUGUGCAUUAAGCUUUUUAGGCAGGAUCUAUCUAGGCAUAUAUGAUUAUAUAUCACACACGUGUGGG